AUGGAGGAAAACAUGGAUGAAUCGCAAAGCCAGAAAGGCUGUAAGGAGUGCUGUGAGCGAUGUGUUGGCAGUCUGCCCUGGGCCUCUCUCAUUGCUACCAUUCUCCUCUACAUGGGUGUGGCCUUGUUCUGUGGGUGCGGCCAUGAGGCUUUGAGCGGCACCAUCACCAUCCUACAGAACUACUUUGAAGUCAUCAGAGCCCCAGGAGAAAUACUGGAUGUGUUUACCAUUAUCGACAUUCUGAAGUACAUCAUCUACGGCCUUGCAGCUGGAUUCUUUGUGUUUGGAGUGCUGUUGCUGGUUGAGGGCUUUUUCACCACUGGAGCCAUUAGGGAUCUCUAUGGGGAGUUCAAGAUCACUGCCUGCGGACGCUGCCUGACUGCAUUCUUGAUGUUCUUGACCUACCUGUUCUUCCUGGUAUGGCUUGGAGUAACAGCAUUCACCAGCCUUCCGGUCUUCAUGUACUUCAACGUUUGGUCCAUGUGUCAGAACACCAGCUUGGUGGAGGGAGCAAACCUCUGCCUGGACCUGCGUCAGUUUGGAGUGGUGACCAUCUCUGAUGAGAGAAAGCUGUGUACUGGUUCUGAGAAGUUCUUCAAGAUGUGUGAAUCCAAUGAGCUGGACUUAACCUUCCAUCUAUUCGUGUGCACACUGGCAGGAGCAGGAGCUGCUGUCAUCGCCAUGGUCCAUUUCCUGAUGGCUCUAGCUGCUAACUGGGGCUAUUUGAAGGACGCUAGCCGGAUGCAGAAGUAUGAGGACAUCAAAUCGAAGGAGGAGCAGGAGCUGCAUGACAUCCACUCUACACGCUCCAAAGAACGUCUCAAUGCCUACACAUAA